UUUUGGGUGCUAAUUUGUGUGGAAAUGCACGGACAGCCUUCCGCCAAAAUAAAGAACCCAUGCUGGAGAGGUCGGAGGUUUCCACGCUCUGGGUUUCUCGACUCAAGAGCAAACAGCAAAACAGAGUUGCUACACUGUAGUGAGAAGGCAGCUUCCACAGCAUCCGCCCAGAUUUGGUAGCGCUCAGUGUAGGCAGAUGCCAAGCGUUACCCUGCUCUUUAGGAAACCAGGCAUCUCAUUGCAGCCUACCCGGCACUCACGCAGGAACACGCCGAGCGCUGCGAAGGCUCUGACGGGCACUGCCCCUCUGCUGGUAGGCGGCCGCGGCUCUGCCCAACGCAGAGCAGCCCUCGGGGGCCCAUCCGUCCGACCUCCUCGGCCGCCGCGCUCCGGGACGAUGCUGAGCAGCGAGCCGGUGCCUCCGCCCCGCAGCCGCCGGCAGAGAGCAGCACCGGGCACGGCAGGGUGCGGUGAGUAGCCCGAGGCGCGGCCGGAGAUGACCCCCCGGCAGCACGGCGUCCCUCAUGGAGAGCACGGCGGGCGGCCCACGAGCACUGCGGGCGCUGACGGGCUGCCUGCUGGGCGCCCUGGUGCUGGGCACGCUGGCGGGCAACGCUCUGGUGUGCCUGGCCGUCCUGCGCUUCCGCCACCUGCGCACUAAAGUCACCAACUGGUUCGUGCUGUCGUUGGCCGUCUCCGACCUCUGCGUGGCCAUCCUGGUGAUGCCUUGGAAGGCAGUCACUGAGGUGGCCGGUGGCUUCUGGCUCUUCGGCAGCCACUUUUGUGACACCUGGGUGGCCUUUGACAUUAUGUGCUCCACCGCCUCCAUCCUCCACCUCUGCAUCAUCAGCCUGGACCGGUACUGGGCCAUCGCCAGCCCCUUUCGCUACGAGCGCCGGAUGACGCAGCGUCUGGCCUGCGCCAUGAUCGCCACGGCCUGGGCCCUCUCCAUCCUCAUCUCCUUUGUCCCCGUGCAGCUGCACUGGCACAAAGCCAAGGACAGGAGGCACCCCAGCUCCCGCUGCGACGUCAGCCUGAACCGCACCUACGCCAUCACCUCCUCCCUCAUCAGCUUCUACAUCCCUGUGGCCAUCAUGAUCGUCACCUACACCAGGAUCUAUCGCAUCGCCCAGGCCCAGAUCCGCCGCAUCUGCACCCUGGAACGAGCAGGCGGGCAGUGGCCAGCCCACAGCAAGGAGCCUGCCUCCAGUCUGCGGAGCUCCCUGCGCAAGGAGACCAAGGUGCUGCAGACCCUCUCCAUCAUAAUGGGAGUCUUUGUUUGCUGCUGGCUGCCCUUCUUCCUGCUCAACUGCCUGCUACCUUUCUGCCAGCCUGAGAGUGACAGCAACGGGCAGCCACCCUGUGUCAGCCCAACCACCUUCAAUGUCUUCGUAUGGUUUGGCUGGGCCAACUCCUCAGUGAACCCAGUGAUCUAUGCUUUCAAUGCAGACUUCCGUCGGGCUUUCAGCAACCUGCUGGGCUGCCAGUCUCUCUGCUGCAGCACCACCAGGGCUGCAGUAGAGAGAGUCCACCUCAGCAAUGAGCUGGUCUCCUACCACCAGGACACCACCUGCCAAAAGGACGGAGCCACUGCCACCAUGCCUCCCACCACUGUCACAGCCUGGGUGCAGCCCGGGCCCCAUGCAGCGAGUCUUCAGCAGGAAGACAGAGAGGAGCUCCCCAUGGAGAAGAGGCUGAUGAGUGCCCCAGCACAGGCUAUCCCAGGCAGCAGCCCCAAGUGUUGUCAUGUGACAGCCACUUUGCAAUUGGACUGUGGGGCAGAGCUGCCCCUGGAGACUAUUAAUGCCUUUACAGGGCUUGGCAGGCAUGAGGGACACCGUUACUCCAUUCCAGAGGGAUAAGCAACUGUAUGUUUCACACACACAGUCAUCGCACAGAGGCAGCUCACUGCCUACACAUAAAGUAUGCCUAUAUUCCCAAAAAAUCCCAAACCAGAGGGAUGGGAAACAUUGUUUUUAUCCCAGGGGAGUAACAUGUGUAUAAGCCCCAUUCCAAAAGCACACAGCAAUCGUAUAUUAACCUCUUCCCAGCUGCCACCUUCACCUCUUACCCUCUUCUAUAGUAGGCAGAUAUUUCCCACAUAUCCGAUUGCCCCAACUCUUCAGUCAAACUAACUUGUGAUACUGAGAACUGUGUAAUCACAAAAUUUACAUAGAAAACUU